AAUGCGCCUUAGCUGGCGCAAAAUCGACAGCGACAAGUGACGUUUUCAUUCGUACACGUGCGCAGAAGUUAAUUAAUGGAUUAAGCGUGAUGAGAAUUGAAGACAAGACAUUGUAAUGUGUUAUAACAAAAAUUAAAUUUAUGUAAUAUGUACAAAUAAAAAAAGAAUUGUCAUACAUUGAAACGUUUGUUAUAUCAAUUAUAACUAAGAUUCAUGAAGGCAAGGUAGAAUUUUCGAAAGAAAUCAGGAUCGUAAACAAUAGGAAAAUGAGUUCUGGCGAGUAUAAAGGUAGUGAAAAUGAGGAUAUCGAAAACUCGGAUGAAAGUGAUAGACCAUCAGGCGAGAGAUGGGCGCCUGUUGGUGCAAAUGAUGGUGAUAAUGAUUUUGCUGAUGAAUAUAAAUAUGUCGAUAAUAUGGAAAAUUUACCAUAUGAUAUGGAAAGGCUAAAAGUGCUUGAGGAAGAGCAAGAAAUGCUUAAUUCAUCUCUUAUAGCACUGACUACUCAUUUUGCCCAGGUUCAAUUUCGUUUAAGACAAAUUGUAGAUGCACCAGCAAAUGAAAAAGAAACAUUGCUCAAAGAAUUAGAAGAAUUCGCUUUUAGAGGAAUACCAGAUGUUCCAAAUAAUUUAUCAUUUGAUAGCAGAUCAAUUACGCCAACUUCUCCAAUGUCUUGUAAACAAAGUAUAUCUGGAGUAAUAAAUGAUAUUGAUGUUGAAUCUAAAAUGACAUUACAAAGAACAAAACAAAAAGAAUUAAUAUGUCAAUUAAAAUCUCAAUUAGAAGAUCUAGAAAAGUAUGCUUAUGAAACUGGUGAUGCAGAUUUACCACAAAGUAUGAUAUUAGAGCGACAGAAUAUCAUAAUAAAUCAUUUAAAAGAAAAGUUAAAUUUCAAUGUUGAUGAUCUUUGUAAAUUACCAGUUGAUGAUUUAAGAUGGCAAGUAGAUUAUGCUAUAAGUCAGAUUGUUAGUCCUUUGAAAAUGAAAGAGCAGUUAGUAUCACAAUUAAAAACACAAAUUGCAGAUUUAGAACGUUUUAUAAAUUAUCUUCAAGGAGAAGUUAGUACAGAAACUUUAGCGUGUACCUGUGCAUGCCCAGUACAUACAAAUUCUGCUGGUUCUACUUCCUAUGCUAAAAAAUCAUUUAACAGGAAAUCAGAUGAAGAAAGUAGAACAAAAACUCUGAACACUGUUAAGAAAGUUGUAGCUCUGUUACAUAUGUUCCUAGUAUCUCAAUUAGGUUGUGGUAGUGAACGAGUUCGAAGAAACUUUAAGAAAAAUUCUAUACAUAAUUGGCGCGACUUAAGAACGAGAUUAGAUAUCGCAGUUGAACAUGUUAUAGAGACUAUUGCCGAAGUUGAGCGUCAUCCAGAAGAUGACGAUAUUGCUAAUGAAGACGAUUACGCUUCGGAUUCAGAUUCUAUGUCUCAUUGCAAUGCCCGAGUAACAUCCGCUGUAAGGAAGCAUUUAGCAACUUCCAUACGUGAUUUAAUACAACACGGUUUAAUGUCUGAUGCGCGUUCUAAUAGUGUAGUACCAUUUGUUGGAUGUUUUCCUCAAAGAAAUUCUUCUACUUCUAAUUUAAUGCAUGCAUGGGAACUAAUAUUGAAGUAUUAUGUUAAAAAUGGCCAUCAUUACAAUUCUAGUCCAGCACAGAAAUUAUCUCAAAGUUUCAAUCUUGAUCUAGCAGGUGGAAGAGUUGUUUCUUCUAAACAGAGUUUAUUAACAACAAUUGGAAAUAUUAUUGCAUCACACAGUCCAUACAAAAGGAGUUAUGAUUCUCAUUUUAAAGCAUUUAUAUGUGCAUCUCUCAACACUAACAAACUUGUUAUUUGGUUAAAACUUAUCUUGCAAUGUCAAUAUCUUCUUGAAAAUCAUUAUACAUCAUGGAGUUAUGUUGUAAAAACAGGUUUCCAAGAUGCGUUUCAUACUCUCGAUCGCCUUACUAGCUACAAAUUUGAUCUACCAGUUGAUUUGGCGGUAAGACAGUUUCAAAAUAUAAAAGACGCAUUUUGAUUGCAAAAAAUAUUAAAUAUUAUAUUUAGGAGAAUAUAGGUACUUAUUUUUAGCAAGUUAAAGAUGAAAUAUCAGAUUUUUUAAUUACGUAAAUAACAAACAGUAUAUUUUAACUUUAUAUUAAUAUUAUGAUAGUAUAUCUUUUUAAAUAAUUUUUAAAUAUUAUUUUGCAAACAUUUUGUUAUUUUUCGAAUAUUUAUUAUUAAACAAUUCUUAUAAUGCAAUAAUGUAAUAACUUAAAAUGUCAGUAUUUUGAUCUCAUAUUUUUAGAAUUUAGUUUUUUUAUUUAAUUACAUUAUUUCGAAAAUAUAAAAUAUCAUGCAAAAAAUAAUAUGUCGUACGUGAAAGUAUCAAUGAUGAUCUUAUAAUACAUAUAAAGUACAGAACAGGUAAUAAUAUAAUGCUGCCUGACAACAAUAAGGACUGAAAUAUAUGUACAUUAUCUAGUUAUUUUGAAUUAUAUUUUUGGACAUUGCACGUUCUCGAUAAAUUAAUAAAUUUGAAUAAAAAAUUUUAUUUACAUUUAAAAAAUAAUAUCGUAAAUUUAAACAGGAUUUAUAAAAUUGAUGAACGUGAUUUUUACUGUGAUUAAAUUUAAGAUCUUGAUACUAAAUUUCAUUACAAGGAAAUCAUAUUAAUUUAUAUUAAGAAUUAAUCUAUCAAAAUCCAAAGAAUAAACCAAAGUUAUUUUUAAUACUCUAUAAAUUAAAUAAAUGCAUUUUUUUUAAUUUUUAAUUUUAUGGUAACAUAUCAUUCAAGUAGUAAUUAAAUUUAAUAAUGAUUUACUAAUGUGUGUAAAUUUUAAUGUUGUGAUAUAUUUUAUCUUUGUUACAUUUUAUAAAAUUUUAUAAUUAAUUUGUAUAGUAAAAAUGUUUAGUUAAUCAUGAGAAAAAUUAUUUUUUUUUAUUGUACAGCUAAAAAUAUGUAUGUAUAUCAAAUAUUAUGUACACAGCAGUAAAUUAUUGUUCCUAAUUUUAUGAAUAUUAUUUCAAAAAAGACAUACAUUUUAUUAAAGCAUAUGCAUUAUUUUAAAACAGUAGUUUCCUAGGAUAUAUAUGCGACUAUUGUAUCGCCUAUACAAAAUAUUUCACAUAUAAGGUAGCUAUAAGAAUGUUAAUUGUAUGAUUGUAUUAUAUUAUAUAAAUUUGCUUUUUAUAUACCAUGAUUUGACGUUAGUUUAUUGAAAAAAAUUUGCGGAAAUAUAUUUAUGGAACAAUGUA